AUGAUCUCCCACAGCACCGACGAGAGGCCGAUCGAGCCUCUUGCAGCUGACACUCCGGCCGCCGCCCAGUCGGCAACCGAGAUGCCGCUCGAGGUUCCCUCCUCCGCGUCGGCAGAUGCUGCCAUCAUGCGUGGGGAUGCGGUGGGCAUCGUCUCUCCGACAUCGAAUCCUGCCUACACCUCGCUCAGCUUAGCCAUGGCUGGUCAGGUACUGGGUGCUGGCGAAGACCCCCCUACUGCUACUGCCAAGCCUUCUAUACCUUCUAGUGAUACCAAUGCUACGCUCUCCCCUGCGCAGCUCUACAGCUCACCAGCACCACCAUCCGACUCCAAGGAUCUCGCUCACCCCAUCCUCAGCUCUCCUGGCCGCGGCGCGAAUACGCGCCAGUCACCACAACUUGGCUCAUCUCCAGCCUCUCUCGGCGUCGAUGAUCCGUCCAGCGGUCGUUCGGCCUCUGCCUCACCUUCCGUCGUAUCAGGAUCCUCUACACCUGCCCUCUCGGCUGUCAACGAGCUUCAGAUUUACGCUCAGCAGAUUCAACACCAGCUUCUCACCCAGCAUAUGCAUCAACAACUCCAAGCUAGCCGUUCCAAUGGGCCCGCGGGCUCUCCUCCUUCUCGUUCGCCAAGACGAGCCCAGCUCGCUUCCGCUACCCCGAGCGCCUUCAACUCCCCUCCAGACUCAGGCCGAUCUUCUCCCAAUCCACAUGGAUUGAACCGCUCACCACGCGCACCACAUGUCCUAGAGACGAAUCGCCUCGACAUUCAAACGCACACAAGCGGUCGCCGUAUGGUCAACCAGUACCUUAUCGAGGGUGAACUCGGUCGAGGUGUGCAUGGCAAGGUCCGUCUCGCCACGGAUCUAGAGACCGGAGAACGGGUCGCGGUCAAGAUUGUCGAGAGGGAAGCCCGUAAGCGUCUCGGCGCCGGCCUUGGCCUGCUCAACCGCAACCAUCGCAACAAAGACCCACUCGAUCUCGACCCGUCGGCAUCCUCCAGCAAAGCGACAAAGCAAGAUGCGAGAGAAGACCAGCAGUCUGCACUAGAACAGGAUGAAUCCGACACACCGCAGAACGAAGCUAGCAGCUCCGCAACGACCACCGUCAAGGGCGUCUCAUCUGCGCCAUCGACGCAAUUUGCACCACUGCCCAGCGUCCCUCGAUCGCCUUCCACGUCCGGUCUCGGUUUGCCCCGCUGGGGACAAUCGGACAAAGACGCCGAGCGUCGUCGCGAAAAGGAGCGAGAAAAAGCACGAAAAGCGCUGCUCUGGACGACGGAUCAAAAAGUCCGCCGCGAAAUCGCCAUCAUGAAAAAGUGCAGCCACGACAAUGUCGUCGAGCUCAAAGAGGUCAUCGAUGAUCCACAGAGCAAAAAGAUUUUCAUGGUGCUGGAAUACAUGGAAGGAGGCGAAGUGGUAUGGAAAGACAACGAAGGACAACCGACCCUCACCGUAGACGAGGCGCGCCGCAUCCUCCGUGAUGUCGUGUGCGGUCUCGAGUAUCUCCACUACCAGGGCAUCAUCCACCGCGACAUCAAACCCGCCAACCUGCUCUACGACAAGGAGCACAGGGUCAAGAUCUCUGAUUUUGGCGUUUCGCAUUUCAGCUACGCCAUGAUGAUCGCCAACGACCAGGAGACGGCUGCAGCUGUGGCCAACAACAAGCUCGACUCCCAGUCUGGCUCCACGUCUGAUCCGAGUCUCGUCGACGAUCGUGAGCUCGCCAAAACCGCUGGCAGUCCCGCUUUCUUCGCGCCAGAGCUGUGUAUGUCUUCGUUCUCAGCAGCUUCUCCUUCCAUCGAUCCGAUCAAGGGUUCUCAUGUGGGCUCUUUGGCCGACGCCGCACGAGGCAAAGCGGCAACGUCGCCGGCUCGACCCAAGGUCACCAAAGCGAUCGACGUAUGGGCGCUAGGCGUGACCCUCUACUGUCUUCUCUUUGGCACCACACCUUUCACAGCAGAGUCCGAAUACGCUCUCUUCGCUGUCAUCCCCAGCACCGACUACUCGAUACCCAAGUUUAUGGGCGCAGACCGCGUCCGCGUGGGGCCACGCAAGCCAAGAUGGCAGUCUCGGUCGCAAUGGAUGGACGAAGAAGCCGACGCUCAGCCAGUGAGCCCAUCGGAGCUCUGCCCGGAUGCCAACGUGGAAAGCCUGACCGAGGAUGCCAAGCAGUUGCGCGAUUUGCUGGAUCGUUUGCUCGAAAAGGACCCCGCCAAACGCAUCACCUUGGAAGACGUCAAAAAGCAUCCGUGGGUCACUCGAGGCUUGCAAGACGCUCCGGCUUGGCUCUCAGAGACCGAUCCACAACACUUGCCAUUCGUCGAGAUCUCGCAUGCCGACGUCGAAGAUGCCCUCACUGGCUUCUCGAAACUCAAGCAGCGCGUCAAGCGAUGGCAGUCCAAGCUGCUCGACUCGUUUGGCGGAGGUCGGAAGCGCAGCAAAUCCAUCAACCAGUCGUCGGCAACCUCAUCCUUCCACGCUGAUGCGCUGACCGACUCGGGCAGCAGCACACCGCACCACAGCCGCCUAGGCGGCAUGGACAAUGGCAGCUCAUCGUCGGCCACACCCUUCGACUUUUCGAGCCAAUCAGGUCCGUCCACCUCGUCGUCCGUACGAACACCGCGAACCCCUCUCAAGGGGCACAUGUUCUUUUCGCGGCAGAAGAGCGGGAACUCGGUGGGUCGUCGCGAUGGUAAUACUGCUCUUCGCGCCUUGUCAUCAGUCCAACAAAACGACGAGUCCGAAUCAGUGGCUUCGGCCUCGCCUCGCAACAAGGACCUGGACUCGACUAGCAAGGGAAACCUGGCUCAAGGCCCUGCUGCUGCUGCGACCCGCACGCCUCCUUCUCGCCAGGACAGCUUCGCCAGAGAGCAGGAUCGAGCCACGACGUUAUCGCCCGCACUGCCCCCUCCGGUAUUCGUGGACGGUGCAGAAGACGACAUGAUGAGGCCACCCGAAACACUGAUGCAAAGAAGAGCGUCAGCGCAAUCUUCUAGCAGUGCCGGCUUGCGUCCUGAAGGUGGUCCCGAGAUCCCGCAGCGCACGUCCUCUGACACCCAUGGUGCGGCUCGUCGUGUGAGUGGCGCAUCAGCAUCGCCUUCGCUUCACGGCUCCUCGCCUCAACUGCCGACGGUUCAUCGCAUACCCAGUCGACAGAAUUCGGACUUGUAUCCGCAGCGAGCACUUUCAUCAAGGCGCUCUGUCGACUCGGAGGGCAAGUCCUCGACGCUGAGUAUUUCGCAAACCUCGCGCGUCUCGGGGCGACAUCGUCUGGGCGACUUCCUGCGAGGGAGCUGGCUCAUGAGUGGCGGCGACGAGCGCAACAGGAGCCUGUCUAGGUCUGGCACACGAGCAUCCCGCGAUGCUCCGCCGCUCUCCUCGAGCUUCGCUAGCGCUGGCCGCACGCAACGAAGCGGCAGUAUUCGUAGCACAGCGAGCAGCGCCCAGCCAGCUGCGCCCACUCUGGGCGCACUGGGACCCCUCUCUGUCGACACACAAGGUGCGAUCCAGCAGACGGGGGCUCGACCAGAGUCGGGCACGCCUUUCAGCGCGCCUGUCCUGAGCAGCACUAGCGGCAGCGGCAUCUCUGGCGCUCCGAGCCUGUCCACGGAAUUGCUGACAGAAACCUUGGAAAGGCCUAGCAUGACACGCACUGCCUUCAGCGCGCUCAGCCAACCCUCUUCGCCGUUGACCGGCUCUGACGGCGCUGCAGCUUUCGCCUUUGAUCAGCUCGGACGUCGUCGUCAUGUUGCUGCGCCCUUGGAGGAGCACGAGUUCGAUAACGACGAUGUCGAUUUGGAGCUCGAGUUUUCCGAUGAUGAUGAUCUGUCUGAUGAUCUUCACAGCGGCAAUCGCGAUCCGAUGCUUGUCAACUCUGGCCGUGGAUGGGAGGUGCGCGGAGGCAAUCAAGACGAUGAGGCUGGGACGGGCGCUGUCUACCUUCCAGAGACUUUCGGUCGCAAAGGCUCGAGCGGUAGCGUGAGUUCCAGCGACAUUCUCACACCAUCCGUCGAAGGCGGCUACAACGUCUUCAAGCCGCCCUACCAGCAUAUCUUGGCUCCUGCCGGUUCGUCUGCGUUGCCGGAGACCAGGGCUCUAGGAGUUGCUCGGGAACGCAGCCCUCCCCAUGCGGCUGCUGAAGUGGCGGCACCAGCAUGCCAAACAUUUGCCAUGGACGCCACACUCUCACCAGAGGCGAAUGCGCUUCGAAAGGCGGAGAUGACGGAGCUUGACGGUAGCCAUACGGAGGCAAGGAGUGCGGUUCCAGCGGAGGCAUUGGCGGACCAAUCGACACCCACCAGCUCGGGCAGCGUGUCGAGAUCCGCCUCGCAUCGCCAGCACGGCUCGGACGAGUCGUCACGCGCUCCCUCGGCCGCCGGCACGCAAACGACACGAUCCGACAUCGACGGCGGUGUCGUGGAAGAGACCAACGGCAAAGCCAUCGCUAGUCCCGCAGUGACCGCAGUGCCUGCGACGGAAGAGUCGCAGUUCGCUGACGCAGAGGAGGACACAGCCGCACAAGCCGAAGUCGCCGCAAAGCAGACACACCUCGGUCUGACACCGGAGCAUGAUGACGACGACAGCGACGAUCAGGCUGUCAGCUUUCAGGCGCGCCGCAAGCGGUCGACGCGCUUCCGCACGCCUUCGGCCGGGGCCCAGUGA